UACUCAGGACUCUCAUAAAGGACAUUCCAUAUGUUGGAUAUGAUGCCUCACUGUUGCAAGCAGUUGUUUCAUGUGUAGAUGUGUUACUUGCUUGUUCAGAAUUGGCUUUGAAUUUGCAGACAACCAUGCUUAUGUUGAGGGUAGUUUGGAGGGUCUGGUAUUGUUGCUGUUGGAAGAGUUUCUUCUUUUUGCCGGGGUUGUUUUCUGCAACAGUAAUGCAUGUCAGAAUAUCCUAGAUCUCAAAAGGCAAACAUUUCAGGCUCUUGACAUGAAGGGCUUUGGUACAGAAAUGGAAAAUGCAGUUUGUCAUAAAGAUGAAGCCCUCUUUCGGAACCUUUUAUAUGAAGGUAGUCGCUCAGUGGGAUCAACUGAUGGAUUUGAGCUACCACUACCGGCUACUGUUAAUUCAUGCUCUAGCAAUUGUAAUUUGCCAAUACAAGCUACCACUGCAUUAUUGAGUUUUCUGAAAGAGAAUGUCUUUUCUCAUGAAUGGUCUCCUCUUUUUGAGGAUGCCUGCAAAAGGCUAAGAGAGGACCGCAUCUAAUAUAUAUAUUCAAGCUAAAGCAAAGAGGAUGGUUUAACCAACUUGUCAUGUAUGAUUAUUAAAAGACUGACAUUUAUUAUUUUUUUAUAAAUACUAAUUUACAAGAAAUAAUUUUUUUCUCUUUUAA